AUGUCCAUGGAUACAGCGUUGGCACUGGUGCAGUCGGCCAAUGGGCUGAUGAGUAAAGUCGAAUUACUCAAGGGGCGCAUGGGGCUCCUGUCUGGUAUGGUUGAUGCUGCUUUGAAGAAUCAGCCACAGCCAGACGGCCAAUACCUCUUGGCUGGAGUGGAGCGUCUGACAAGAGUCAUUGAUGAUGACGUCGGCAAGUUCAGAGGUAUUGUCGACGAAUACGAGAGUGAGCUCGGCUCAUUCCGUCAGUAUUUUGCCUCUGAAAAGGUGAACCUGGAAGCAUCAAUGGCGGAGUUACACGACAAAGGAGAGAGGCUGGUCAAGGAGAGGGACCAACUUGAAGCCCAAAAGCAGCAGUUUGCUGUCGACAAGGAUCAAGUUGAACGUGAGCAACAGCAGAUUUUGGACCACAAGGCUCAAGUCGACAGUGACAUGGAGACUAUUCGUACCUCUCAAGCGACAAUCGAAGAAGAGAGGCAGCAGAAUACAGUCGCAAGAGAUGAGAUCAAGCGUCAAGAGGAGGAAUUCUCUCACAAAAAGGACCAAGCCGAACUUGAGAGGCAACAGCAUGCCACGGCCAUGUCCAAGGAAAAGGAAGAGAUUCAAGCUGAGCGGGCAAAGGUCGUCCAUGAUCAGCAGACCCUAGCCGCGGAACGACGAGAGCUCACCACAAGAGAGGAGGCUGUCAGUAAUGAGCGCGCCGCACUGGCAUGUUGGCAGGACUCUAUCAAUAGAGAAAGACUACGGGAUGCCGAGUUCAAGGGUGAACUCGACACCAUGCAGACAUUGGUGGCAGCGGAGCGAGACGAGGUGGCAGCCGCACAAGAAGCAGCGGCUGUUGAGCGUCGGAAGAUUCAAGAGAGUUUGGCAGUCGUCGCUCGCGGAGAAGAAAAGAUUGCGAGCGACAAUGCAAACAUUGCCCGUCAACAGGCAGAGAUUGACGAGCAGAAUCGCUUGGUAUCAGAAGCCAAGGUACGCCAAGAUGAGCGCGAUUCGCGUUUCAAGACGACUUUGGAGGGUGUGAAUCAAAUCAUCCUCGACAAUGCCAAUCGUGAAAAGGCAAAGCACGAGGAUGAGAUCCAAAGUCUUCGAGACAGAAUCGCGACCCUAGACCAGGAAAAGCUGACUGAGAGCAUGGCUCGAGUCAGACUUGAGGAGCGUCUGCAACCGAUUCAGGCGACGGUGGAUGAACUCCGGCAGCAGCUCGGGUUAGCCAAGCUAUCAGAGCAAGGUGCUAUAGCAAGGAAUAACCUGAGCUCUGACAAGUUGCUGGAAUUUACAAAACAGUUUCUGGAGCACGAAAGGAACCGCAUGUCUCAAGCCGGUGCGUCUCGGAGCCAAGAGUCGGCUCCGGGUGCAUCUCAGAGCCAGUUGUCGGCUCCGGGUGCUUCUCGGGGCCAAGAGUCGGCUUCCAGUGCGUCUCGGAGCCAGGUAUCUCAAGCAGCCGGUGCGUCUCGGAGCCAGGAGUCGGCUCCUGAAGCCGUGCCACAGAAAGUACAGACCCCACAACCCAUGGCCAAGCGGGAUCGCGAAAUGUCGCCACCCCAAGCCCAAGCCGUCAAGAAACCAAUGAGUGAGGCAGACAAGGACAAGCGGCAAUGGUUGCGUAUGGUCCAAGAGGUUUGCGACUUUUUGAACACUUACACAGCCAUAAAGUCGGCAGAUUCCCGGCCCAUACCGGUGGGCGCGGCAAUGCUUCUACUUUGUAUUAGUGCGGCGUCAAGUGAACAGACGCGUUUCUUUAUGACGGACCUUGGGCUACACGCUCGUACUAACGAGUGGGUUUGCCUAAUGGGCAUGAUGGAACGUGGGCGCCUUUGGCGCCUGGCUUGGAUCGAGGGUGACAACAAGUCUUGCCCUCAACACAAGCACGAAGAGUGUUUCCAGGUUCGAAGAUCAGGUGAUCACGAGCUUGAAUAUCGACUCGUGGGGAAGCCCCCGUCUCCAGACGGACCCAGUGCAAUGGAUUUGUUCAGUCGGUUGAUGGAUGAAGAAGAAGAAGAAGAUCAGUCCGAGGGACAGGAUAGUGAAUCGGACGAGUAG